ACGGCCAGCGUUGUCCACGAGGGCUAACUAGUACGGGGUUUUCCCUUGGCCGAAAAUUACCCCGUGUAUUCCCUCCAUUCAAACGACAUUUCUUUUAGAUAUACAGCAGAAAAGAGCAAUUGCAGUGGGAUUUUUAGUACAGAAAAACAACACAAACGAUGGCCAUGUCGCAUCACGAUUUGAAUGAUUUAUACUUCCCAGAAGGAGCCUGUGCAAGUUCUCCAAUGAACAGCCUCUUCGCAAUGAAUGGCCUUCCACUUCUAACUAUGGAUAAUGACCAAAUUGGAAACGACUCACUAGUUAGUCUAGUUGUAAAACCCAAGCUGAAGAAAGCUAUAGAAGAAAAAAAGCUAGCCAAGGGCGAGGAGAUUCCAACUAUUGAGUAUAAAGAUCCACCGCCACCACAGCCUAAACCUCCAGAAAAGCCCGAAGAUUUGAAGAGAAAACGCGAAAAAAAUAAAAUUGCUGCUACGAAAUGCAGACAGAAGAAGAAGGCACGAAGGGAUUCCCUGCUACAGAAAAUAGAAAAGUGGGAACAAUUAAAUAACGAGAAAAAGAGAGAAGUGCAAGAACUACGCAAGGAAAAGAAGAGUUUGGAAGAUUAUAUAAAGAACCUUAGCGAAUCAUGUAUUUGCUCAAGGAUGACAAGUGCCUAUCAGCCAAGCCAUUGUUUACCUGCACCGCUACCGCACGAAGCUUUAUUCCUGCUCGGAGAUGCAGCCUCUAGUGUCGAAGAGAUGCCCUACUUUGCUUAGAGCUCACCUUGUAAAUGUUGUGCUUAAAAACUAGUACCGCACGUGCGCUAAAAACAAACGCAAGCGUAAACGUAAGGACUAUCGCGCUUACGAUUCCACUUGCGUGUUGAAGAGAUCCCCUACUUUGAUUAGAGCUAGCCUUGUAAAUAUUACACUUUAUAGUUAGUACCGCACGUGCGCUAAAAACGUAAGGAAACGUAAGGAAUAUGGCGCUUACGAUUCUACUUGCGUUUGCUUUGAGUUGUGCUUGACUUUAAGUUGGUAUUUUUUCUUACGGAUGUGCUUUUGAUUGCAAUUGUGAUUAUCAUAUAGUAAAAAUCCAUGACUAGCUCGAUGGCCAUAUUCGCCAAAAAUACCCACUCUAAGAUAGCUAAAAUGCAAUUGUAAAUAUCCCUAACAACUUCUUCUGUGAAGAAAAUCACUUUCUUAAAUUAUUUUUAAGUUUAACACUUAAAGAUUUAUCAGCAAAUUGUUGGUAAUCUCGUUGAUAAAUUUAUAUGAUCUUACCGUGUAAGAUAUAUUCAUUUCUUCCUGGUAAUAGGAGAUUUGAUAAUCACUGAUUUGCAGUGUAUUAGGCAUGUAUAACUGGGAAUAAACAGCUGUUAAAUUUCUGCAAA